AUGCAGGCCUCGAACUCCCCGACCCUUAUCCCUAUGCCUAGCUGGCUCACAAUUCCAUAUCUUCCGCUAAAUGGUGGGACUCUGGCUGCCCUCGUAUGGGGAGGAUUAUACGUUCUGUUGGAACCUGUUGCAGGCACAGCUCUGGCUCUGCUAUGCUUGGGUGGUGCUGCUGGUGGCAACUACGCGCUCGAGCAGUACGACGCAGCCUUCGUCACUAAGAUCGCCAUCGGUGUCCAUGUGGUCUGCUGGAUCCUGCAGUUCAUUGGCCACGGCAAGUUUGAGGGCCGGGCUCCAGCUUUGCUGGACAACUUGUUCCAGGCAAUAUUCCUUGCACCGCUCUUUGUGUGGUUGGAACUACUCUUUAUGCUUGGGUACCGUCCGGAGCUGCAGGCCCGGGUGGAGAAGGAUGUCCAGCAGGAGAUUGCAAAGUAUAGGCAAUCGAAAGCCAAGGCUGCGGCCAAGAAUGGCAAGGCUGAGUGA